AUGUCCACUCCAUUUGGUGUCGAUUUGGGAAAUGACAACACAGUCAUUGCCUGUGCGAGAAACAGAGGAAUUGACAUUAUCGUCAACGAAGUCUCCAACCGUUCCACUCCUUCCUUGGUGGGUUUUGGUAUGAAGAACAGAUUUAUUGGUGAAUCGGCCAAGAACCAGCAAACUUCCAACAUUAAGAACACCGUUGACAACUUGAAGAGAAUCUUGGGCUUGAACUACUCCGACCCAGACUUUGAGAUUGAGAAGAAGUUUUUCACUGCUCCUUUGGUUGAAAACGAGGAUGGCCAGAUUAGCGCCAAGGUCAGAUUUGCCGGUGAACAACAGGAAUUCACCUCGACCCAGUUGACCGCCAUGUUCUUGAACAAGAUCAAAGACAUCACUGCCAAGGAAACAAAGGGCAACAUCGUCGACAUUUGCUUGUCUGUGCCAGUUUGGUACACCGAGAAGCAAAGACGUGCUGCUUCCGAUGCUUGCAAAAUCGCUGGCUUGAACCCAGUCAGAAUCGUCAACGAAGUCACUGCUGCUGCCGUCGGGUACGGUGUUUUCAAGCAAAACGAUUUGCCCGAGGACAAGCCUAAGAUUGUGGCUUUUGUUGACAUUGGCCACUCUUCCUACCAAGUUUCCAUUGCCGCUGUCAAGAAGGGUGAGUUGAAGAUCUUGGGCUCCGCCUGUGACAAGCACUUUGGUGGCAGAGACUUUGACCACGCUAUUGCCAACCACUUUGCCGAGGAAUUCAAGGGCAAGUACAAGAUUGACGUGAAGGAAAACCCAAAGGCUUUCUACAGAGUUCUUGCUGCUUCCGAAAAGGUCAAGAAGGUUUUGUCUGCUAACAGCUCUGCUCCAAUCAACAUCGAGUCGCUUAUGAAUGACGUCGAUGUCUCUUCCUCUUUGACCAGAGAGGAGUUGGAGGAGUACGUCAAGCCUUUGUUGGAGCGUGUGCAUGUUCCUAUUGAGAUUGCCUUGAAGGACGCUGGCAUCACCACUGACGACAUCGAUUCCAUUGAAGUUAUCGGUGGUUGUACCAGAGUUCCUUCUUUGAAGGCCAAGUUGAGCGAGAUCUUCGGAAAGCAAUUGUCUUUCACUUUGAACCAAGACGAAGCCAUUGCCAGAGGUAACGCCUUCAUCUGUGCCAUGCACUCGCCAACCUUGAGAGUCAGACCUUUCAAGUUUGAGGACUUCAAUCCUUACUCGGUUUCCUACUUCUGGGACAAGGAGGAAGAAGAUGAGGACCACAUGGAAGUUUUCCCAAGAGGCGGUACUUUCCCAUCCACCAAGAUCAUCACUCUUUUCAGAAAGGGUGACUUUGAAGUCGAGGCCAAGUACACCAACAAGGAGGAGUUGCCAGCUGGUGUUGAGCCUCAGAUCGCCAAGUGGACCAUCAAGGGUGUUGUUCCUAACGAAGGCGAGACUUCUAUUGCCACCAAGUUGAAGUUGAGAAACGACCCAUCUGGUUUCUACACCAUCGAAUCUGCUUACACCGUUGAGGAGAAGUUGGUUAAGGAAUUGGUUGAGCCUAAGGAAGGUGAAGAAGUUGACCCAGAGGCUGAGCCUGAAUACAAGGAAGUCAAGAAGUUGGUUAAGAAGAACGACUUGACCAUUGAAAUGACCAGCGCUGCUUUGCCAGAGGACAAGAGACAAGCCUUGUUCGAAAAGGAAAGCGCUUUGGUUGUUGCCGACAAGUUGGUUGCCGACACCGAGGACAGAAAGAACGCCUUGGAGGAGUACAUCUACGAGUUGAGAGGCAAGUUGGAGGACCAAUACAAGGACUUUGCUUCUGACGCCGAGAAGGAGAAGUUAACUGCUUUGUUGAUGAAGACCGAGGACUGGUUGUACGAUGACGGUUACGACUCGACCAAGGCCAAGUACAUCGCCAAGUACGAGGAGUUGGCUUCCAUUGGUAACCUUAUCAAGGGCCGUUACCAGGCUGACGUUGAGGAAAAGAAGCAGGCUGUCAGGCAAAAGCAGGAGGCUGCUCAGAUGGCCGCUAUGGCCGAGAAGAUGGCUGCUGCCAGAGAGGCUUCUAAGGGUGGUGAGAAGCCUGAAGACAUGGAGGUUGACUAA